GAUGAAAAAAAACAAAACGAAAAAAAAACUGCAAUUAAUUUUGAAGGUCUGCUUGUCGCAGACAUAUUCCGCUGGUACUUGUAAAGCCUCACUCACACAUUAAUCAUUCCACAUUGUAUUGCUCCACUCGCUAAGAUACGAACGUUCGUGUGCAAGCAAAAUCAGUGAACGAAUCAAGCGUAAUAUUAUAUCGAUUUUACUCAACAAGUGACGUGCAAAAUAGUCCUUAAAUAAAUUGGGUAUCUCGACAGGAUCCCUUAAUACUGGGUCUCUCAUAAUAAAUGUGUACUUAAUUUAAAUCAUUCAAAAAAGGAAUGCAUUUUAAAAUUCGGGUCUCUCACAAUUAUUAUUAUUUUUUAUUCAAGUUAUCUGACGAUUUUUUUAAACUCUAAGCUUUAGAAACCUGGAAAAUGGAAAAAAGAAAACUCGUAAAACAGUUACCUAUGCAAAAAGUAUACUUUCUUAAAAAAUUAUAUCGUAUCGUAUAUAAAAUAAAUAAAAAAUAAUUGGAAAAUGAAGUGGUUAGUGUUGUUGUCGAUGAUUUUCGCGAAUAUAGUAAAAGAGCCGGCGCCCGUGGUGCGAGUGGGGAGUGGGCUGGUGAGGGGGACAGUGAGUGACAGUGGGAGGUUCUACAUGUACCUCGGGAUACCGUACGCCACUGUCGAUGAAAGGAACAGGUUUCAGGCUCCGCUACCGCCGCCAAAAUGGAAAGGUAUAUUCGAAGCUCAAAACGAAAACACUCGUUGCCCACAAAGACUAUUCGGACCGAUCAUCGUAGGAGACGAGAACUGCUUGAAGUUGAACGUCUACACGCCCGCCGACAGAUGGCACACUCCCGGGAACCUUCUCCCGGUGAUGGUGUUCAUACAUGGAGGAUGUUUCUUCGAAGGAAUCGGCACUGCGUUCUUGUACGGGCCUGACUUCUUUGUGGAACACGGAGUCGUAUUCGUAGGAAUCAACUACAGGUUAAAUGUCGAAGGAUUCCUAUGCUUGGGUAUCAAAGAAGCUCCCGGUAACGCUGGUUUGAAAGACCAGAUAGCUGCCCUUCGAUGGCUCAAAGAGAACAUAGCAGCGUUUGGAGGAGACCCAAAUAAUAUCACCCUCUUCGGUGAAAGCGCGGGUGCCGUGUCCAUCUCCUAUUUAUUUUUAGCACCAGCCGCUAAAGGUCUUUUCCACAGAGCUAUUCUCCAGAGCGGCGCCACAAUGGCUCCUUGGGCGAUACAAUAUGAUCCAAUUAAAACUGCCAAUAAAGUAGCUAAAGAAUUCGGAUACAACGGCACUGACCCCUACGACAUUUACAAUGUUCUUUCGACUAAAACAGUUGAAGAAUUAAUAUCUGCCAUCAAAUAUUCGAAACACAAACAAUUUGUGACGGCAGAAACACUGUUCGUGCCGUGCGUCGAGAAAGAAAUCCCGGGAGUCGAACCAAUAAUUACCAAAAACCCAGUCGACGUGAUCAAAUCUGGGAAUUAUACGAAAAUGCCAAUAAUAAUCGGUUACAACGACAACGAGGGCAUGUAUUUCGUAACCCACGGUAAUACGUUUAAGAGAGUAGACAAAGUCGAUCCCUACGAUCUAAUUCCGAGCGAUUUAGAAUUCCCUUCGGAAGCGGAUAGAAAUGAUACGGCUACGAAUAUUCUGAGUCAUUAUUUAUCUUCUAAAAAAGACAUGGUUAUGAAUCUGGUCGACCUGAUAUCUGAUCUCCAUAUUAAAUACCCGGCUGCUUUAGAAUUCGGUAUGUACGCACAGACCACCGACCAGCCAAUAUAUUACUACUUGUUCAAAUACAACGGCUACAUCAACAUGGCGAAGUUUAUAUCGGGCUUCGUGUUCAAGGAAGGAGCGUCGCACGGUGACGAGCUCAUGUAUAUGUUCAAGCCCUACACUUUUCCUUUGCCGACGAGAUAUUUUGAGAUGAAGAUGGUGGAGCGUAUGGUCACGCUGUGGACGAACUUUGCUAAAUAUGGGGACCCAACACCUCAGACGUCAGCCCUCAUCCCCCUGCGCUGGCGCCCGAGCCGGUCCAGCCACCCCAUCGCGCUGGUCAUCGACCGGCAGCUGAGCACCGCGCCGCUGUGGACCGACCACAUGCUCAGCUUCUGGAACUGCACCUACACCAAAUACAGGCGGAAACUUUACCAGUUCGACUCUUUUACUAACACUUCUCACCGGCAUUUUUAACCCCCUACGCAAAAAGAUGGUGUUAUAAGUUUGACGCAUAUGUCUGUCUGUCUGUGCCAUAUCUCCCGAACGGAUGAAGCGAUUUCGAUUUAGUUGUUUUUAUAUGAAAAGUGACUUAUUGGUGAGUGUUCUUAGACAUUUUUGAUGAAAAUCGGUUGAGUCGUUUAAAAAUUCGGGGGGUUGAAAGUGGGGAAGAAUAGCCGAAUGACUGCAAAUAUACUCGAGUGGGGUCAAAACGAAAGCCCACUGACAGAGAAUAUUAAUGACUUGAUCGAUCGAUCGAUGACUUGAUUGAGUGUAAUUAACAAUAAUUUCAUGACUUCGGGAGGAGUUCUUCAAUAUUUUUAAUUUUAUGUUAUUAGUUUUGUAUAUGAGCCAUGAUGAAAGAAAGGAGGAAAAAGAUAGAGAAGAAAAGCGAGAGAGCUAAAUGUAACAUCAGGAAAAUCAGCGCUAAGAAAUGCCAAGCGGGUCCGCGCUGACCACGGAGUACAGUGUGCCUAGUAGUAGUUUUCAUACUGUUACUAUCGCGUUAACGUAAACGCGAAUUUAUACGGAAUUGAAUCAGUUGUGCAGUAGUGCCACUAGGUGACGCUUUUAAUUUCUUAGAAAUUCGUGUUUACGUUAACGCGAUCGUCACAGUAUCAAACUGCCACUAGGCCCUCAGAUGAGGUUAUUUUUAGUCCGUGCAAGUCGGAAAUGCUCUGCCGGCAGAAGUCUGGAGGGAUGUUUUUCCUCCCAAACAACGAAAAACAAAUAAAAUAUGAGCCUGUAGCACCCAGACCUUUUAUAAUUUAAAAAAAGCUAAUGUGUACAAUUGUAAUUUGUAUGAUAGGAAAGUAUGGAGCUUGGAUCAUGGUGGUUUUGGUAAUUUGGUAGGUAACAAAGAUGUAUAUCUUAAAUAUUGAUGUCUAAAGUUGUUCGUGUUAAUUUUUAUUAUCGAUAAUAUUACGAAAUUUGAAAAGGUUAAACGUUGUAUUUUUUAAAAUGACAAACAUCUGACCAUCAGAGACUUUAAGUUCUAUUGCUAUAUAAGUAUCUAAUUGCCAUAAUAGUUAAAUAAAUAAAUAAAACGACCAAUAAUAUGUAAGUAUAGGAAUGUACUUUGAUUAUAUAAAGGGAAUUGAUCUGAUCUGAUCUGAUCCUUCACACAAUUUCAAAACUUUACGAUCCUACUCUUAAUAAACAACCAUAUAGUACCGUGUCCAUACAUACAUAGACAUUAACACUAUAUUAACAGUAUAGUUUAGAUGAUGCUUGAACUGAUAUAAAAUAUUAAGUUCUCUUACUAGGUAGGUGUAUAUAGGCUUUAUAAUUUCCAUUAGUGUUUAAAUUAUUUUGGAGAGAAGAUCAAUAAAGGUGUGGGGAAAGUACUUAUUAAUUAUUGAAUUUCCAUUUAAAACUAGCCAUAAAAAGUUUUCUUCACAAAACCCAUAAUCCUUAUUCCAUAAUAUACAUAUACAUUUUCCUCCAUAAUAUACAUUUAGCUCCAUUCCAUAUAUUAUAUAAAAACCCUUUAAGGUUUUAUAAAAUACAUAUAUGGAAUGGAGCUAAUUGAAGUUAAUUUUUAGGAGACUUUAUAUGAGUUAAGUUACGAUUCAUAUUCUUGGUUAGGCUUGGUUAACCAGAAAUAUGAAUAUAUGAUGUAGGCUUUUAUGAUUGUAAUAGUGAUGGUGAACAGGUCUUAACUAGGUUACGAAACAUGUGAUAAGCACCAAAAUGUAAUAAAAAAUUAAUUAAGCGUAAUCAAUUUAUCGUUUAUUUAAAUUAGUUUUAUUUUCAAAGGUGAUAGAUAUCUAGUCUAUGAAUAAAGUUAAGAUUUUUGUAAAAUA